UACUAUUACUCCACUCGACGUAUUAUGGACACUAUCAAAGAACAUAUCACAGCUAGUGAUUUUAAUGGACUCGUAAAUUUUUGCGAAGAAUUAGAAUUACAAUUGGCGCUCACACCAAACAAUACAAUAAGUGGUGAAGAUUUUUAUGGCCCUUUUUUGCUUGGUUAUCUUGUUCAGCAAGAUCUUCCAUCAGCUAGAUUCCUUUGGAAACGUUUGCCCGACAACAUUAAAGCAAAUUCAAAAGAGCUACGUUCUAUUUGGGAUAUCGGUAUGGCACUUUGGCAGCGAGAGUACGAGAAUGUAUACUCUUACAUAGAUUCUCAAGAAUGGAAUCCUGUGAUUGCGCCUUUACUAAAACAACUAGCUGGCAAGUUCUCAAGAAAAAUUACAGAAAAUCUACGAGAACGCAUGAUUACUUUGGUAUCCGAAGCUUAUUCAUCAAUUACUAUGGAUGAUGUGGGCAAAUAUCUAGGGUUGUCGCGUGAAAAAGUUUUGGCAGUUGCUGAAGAACGCGGAUGGGUUAUCGACCUUUCUAAUAAUAUGUUGCAACCCAAGAAAACAAUUGUUGAUAUUCCACAACCUACAUCUCUUGUAAAUUUUUCUCAACUUGCCGAUUUAGUUAUUCAUCUGGAAAAGUCUUAA